AUGGCUUUAGAAUCUUAUGAUUUUUUAGUGAGUGAAAUUAGAGUCUCAUUAGAUGUAUAAAAGUAACAUUAUAUUAGAAAGGAGAUGAGAUAAAGAAACUUAUCCUUGAAGAAAAUUUGUCAGAGAUUAAAAGAGCUUAAAUAAUAUUGACAAAAGGACAACAAAGAUAGAAAUUGGCUGUAUUAAGUUCUAAAAAGAUUAGAUUUACACUAACUUAGAUAGACUAUUGAGAGGAGGUUUCGACAUAUUGUAUAAUGUUGUUUAAGCUGAUCUAAUGGAAUAAAGUGAAGAAAUUAUUAUAGCAGCUGGAAUUUCACUCAAGAAUAUCAAUUGUCGUUGUAAAGAACUAAUGCCUUUAGUCCUUCAUUUUAUUUAAUUAUACAAUAUGAAAUAUGCAAAUGCAUGGAUUCCAACAUUUGGAAAUCUUAUUCAUUAAUUUAAUUAUAAGGACUAUUAGGAUCACAUUGAGAAAAUAAUCAUUGAAAUGUCAAUGCCUCGUCAACCAGAAGUUGGAAGGUUGAUAGGAGCAAUGAUGAUAAUUUAAGUAGCAAAUCUAUUAGGAGAUAAGAUUUAAGGGCCUAUAUUGGAUAGAGUUAGAUAAUUAUGCAAUGAUAAUGAUAAUGAUGUUAGAGCAUUAAUAGCUGGAGAUGUUCUUAGUUGUUUAAUAGAUAAAUUAAGUCCUUCUCUUAUACAUUAAUAUUUAUAAGAUAAAUUUUUGCUCUUAAUUUAUGAUAAUUGUUCAUUAGUAAAAAAAGAAAUGAUUAAAACCUUAUUUUAGCAUUAUUAAAAAUUGAAUACAAUUGAUUGCGUUGUAAAAAUUAUAAUUUUAUUAGAGUUUAAUGCUACUUAGAUGUUAAUUGAUUGCUUAUCCACUUAAAAUGAAGAUGUUCUUUCUACAUCUCUAACAUAUUGUGGUGUUGCUUUUCUUGCAAUAAAAGAAUAAGUUAAUUUUGAAUUUAAAUAAAAUCUUGUUAAUUUAUUUGUUAAAUUUGGAUAACAUCAGAGUCAAAAUAUUAGAUACUUUUAUUUAUAUAAUUUACCAGGUUUCUUGAUUUUGAUUAAAGAGCUCCAAUUAAACUGUUUAUUAAUCUAACCUUUUUUUGUAAUUAUCGAUGAAGAUGAGGAGGUGAAUAGAAUUUUUGCUUGUUCUAUCUUGCAUGAAUUGAUUAAAUCUUUUGAUGUAAACAAAUUUUAUAAAUCAGUAUAGCUUCAUUUAAACCUAAAUUUAAUUUAUAAUUACGAGCAUUAUGAAUACUGGGAACUAUAAAUUGAUUUUGCAAAUUUAAUUUGGUAAAAUAAUUGAGACAUUGCUUAAUGAAGGAUAUCUUAUAUCUUUAGAUAAAAUUGUAAUUCAUUUAAUUUAUAUAAAGCAAAAACAAUUUAAAGUAAUUUUUCAGGAAAUUUCAAAACUUUUCUAAAAGUGUGAAUAGAAUUAUUAAACUAAUGAAAAGUUUUUGUUAUCAGUUAAAAGUUUUACGAGAUAUGUUAAACCCAAAUAAUUUUUGAAAUACUUUAUACCAAUUUUAUUAAAAAGAUAAACAUGUUCUUCUAAUGAAGAGUUAGCUAUGGAAAUAUUAGCAUAUUUUUUUGGUGUUUGUCAUGAUUAUGAAAUACAGUAAAAUAUCAAAGAUACUAUGAAUUCAUAAUUUUACAAGGGAAAUUCAAAUAAAAAAAUAAAAUAUUUGUAUUUUGUAAAAGUUUUACCAAAAUACAUAAGUAAGAAGUAUUUUAAUUAUUUAAAUGUAAGAAUAAUAAUUAUAAUUAAAGUUUAACUUAUUUAUUUAAUUAUAUGAGGAUAAAAUAAUAGAUGUUGUAAUACAAUUAGUUAAAAUAUUGCCUUAAGUUAAACAUUAUUUAAUUGAUUAAGAUCAAUAUAAGCAAUUGAAAAUUUUAAAGGGAAAGACAAUAUAAAAAAUGGUUGAAGAAAUGAUAAUGAAAAUAGAAUAGAAUAAAAUUCUUAUUGAUGAGAUUUAAGAAAAAAAAAUGUAAGAGAAUGAGGAUAAGAUUUAAUAAGAAUAUUUGAAUAAUUUAAAAGUAAUAAAAUAUAUUUGAUAAAUAAUAGGGUAUAGAUAGCAAUUAAAAAAAUAAGAAAAGACUUGUUUGUAAGUUGACAUCAUAAUCAGCUAAGAAAUAAUAAAGUAAUUCUUAGAUAAGGUAUAAUAAUUGAUAAAAUGAAAUAGAAUAGGAACGAGAGAGAAUGCUUCAUUACCAUCAAGUAGAAGUUAAGAUAGAGGAAUAGAAUAAGGAGUGUAAAGACAAUAAAUAGAGAUAUAGAAAUUUAAAAGUCGUCAAAGUGGAUUUAAUAAAUUUUGA